CCAAGUGUCACUCAUUGGGUCAGGCAAAUGUUAAAAAUAACAUAUAUACAAAGAGGGAACAAGAACUUUUUGAGAAGGUUUGGGGACCAUUCGAGCGGUUUGUGAAAGGUGUGGCGCUAGUGGACGAAGAGGAGGUUUGAGUCUGGGUCAAUGUAAACCUCUUAAUGAGGCUAAAGAGCAUAUAUAUUGUGAGGAUAUUUUUAAAUGAGUUUGAAUAGACAACAAUUUGUUGAACUAUUUUUGUACCAUACGAGUGUUGCUAUCUGAGAGGUUUAUUUUGUUUUGUUUUAUUUCUUUUUCUUUUGUAUGUUGUAUUAAUUGUUUAAUUUCUCCUUUGAAUUGUUUGUCUGAAGUUUUGUUUAUACCACUUGUGUCUCAGUGUAGUCUGAAUGGCUGUUCACUUUUGGGAGUCUGUAAUUGUACACUGUACACAUGUGUUUUGAGUUUCAAAAAAAAAAAAGUUUAUUUGGUGAACUUUUCCUGGAGAAGAGACUCAUUCCUGGUUCUGUUUGAGCUGCGAGCUAAAAUAAGGAAAGAGGCGUUUUUUUACCGUCAGAAAAGAAGCUUACACUGGAAAAAAGAAAAUAUGAAAACAAGCUGAAGUCUGCCCACUCUGACUCACGGUAACCAGGAAGCCUCAUUUCCUGCCUCUACUCCACAUGGAUUUCACAACUCCUAGAUUGACUUCUGUGGAAGGGAGUGAUCAGUUUUUGUAACCAGACACUGCUUUGAUAGAGUGAGAGCCGCACAAAGUCGCCGGCUCUCCUCCUGGAAGCAUCUCUAUCAUCGUCAUUAUCACUUACCAAAAUGAACGCACGCUCUGUGAACAAACAGGGAAAGAUGUUUCCACUUCAGAGUCGAGUUUGUGGAGUCGAGUCGGUGAUGAGGAGCAGGAGGACGGUCACGGUCACAUGGGUUUUACUGGCCUUGUUGUUCUGUGGGAGGAGAACGCAGGGAGGAGAACAGGGGCCGAGGGUUUAUCCACGUGACCAAACGUUUCAGGUGGGCAGCACCGCCACCUUCUACUGCGUUCUGCCACCAGGACAGAUGUUUGACCAGAUGUACGUGAACGGGCAGAAUAGCACCCCCAACGUGGACGUCGUCAGGAAAAAUGAGUCGACCUUUGCCCUGACCGUUCACCUGGAGUGGCCGUCAAAUCUAAGCUCCACGGACAUCAUUUGUAAAAGCAGUAACCAGGACGUUAAGAUGAUAGACGGAGCCUCGGCUUUCGUCGGCUACCCGCCUGAUGACAAGAAUCUUCAGUGCGAAACCAGAGAUCUGGAAUCAGUGGAGUGUCACUGGACAGUCGGACGAAAAACACACCUGUUCAGAGAACCCACAGCUUAUCGCCUGCUUGGAGGAUCAUGUACAGCAGCAGUGUCAGUGUCUGCGUCUCGAGGCCGAUGUUCUCAGAAGGUUCACGUAGUCGCUGAUGUGAGAAACUGGACGUUAACGGCAGAGAAUGUUCUGGGGAAGGUGGAGCUGACGGAGAGAGCAGACCUGACGCACAGAGUUCACAUGUUCGCACCGGAGGACGUGACCGCCUCAGCCGUGACGCCCAGAAAGGUGACCCUGAAGUGGAGGUGGACGGUUCAGCGGUACAAGAAACUGAACGUGACGUGUCGAGUCAAAGUUAGUCACGACGGAACCAGUGUCGUGAGUGAAGCCUCUGGUGUUGGUCUGAACUCUGCAGUUGUGACUGAGCUGAUACCAAACUGGAAAUAUAACGUCACGGUACAAUGUAGGACGACGCAGCAUUCCUGGAAUUGGGGCGACUGGAGCUCAGCGUCCGUGUUCCACACAGAGGCUGAUGUUCCAGAUGCUCUUGAUGUUUGGAUGCAGAUGAAGCAAAACCACAUUGUCGUUAUCUGGAAAGAGCUGCUGGAUCACCAGAGUCAUGGACGCAUCAUAGAUUACACAGUGACCUGGACUGAGACCACAGCGACGGAGCAACAGUGCAACACGACCACGGUGAUUCACAGCAAACACAGCGUGGUUCUCAGCGUGGACACCAGCAGCGUCCGCUAUCUCAUCACAGUUACAGCGAGAAAUGACAAGGGCAACUCGCCGCCGUCGACCAUCACCACCCCCAACGUCAACACGGAUCUGGCCAGCGUCCACACUUCUCGGAUCACUGGCGUUAACAGCAGCUUCCCUCUGUCCUGGUCGUCCAGUCCGGCUGCGAGCUGCGGCUACAUCGUGGACUGGCGUCCGACCUGGCGUAACGACACCGUGGAGUGGCUCAAAGUGCCUCGUCAUGAAACUAGCGCCAAUAUCCUUUCAAAAAACUUCAAAGACGGACUGAGAUACUCUUUGUCCAUAUUUGCCUGCACACACGGCGCUCCAGAGCUGCUGGAGAGACGCGAGGGAUACGUUCGCGAACAAAUAAUUCCAAGUGGCCUUUUUACGCCACUUGGGUGGAGACAGCAGGGGUCAAAGGUCGACGUGACCUGGGCUCCAGUGGCUGUGAGCGAGCAGACUGCGUUCAUUGAGGGCUACGUUCUCUACUGGUCAGACAACAACAGAAGCAGCAAUGUAGUCUUUAAUGUGAGCACAGAUAACCCUGACGCCACAAGCCUCACAGCCACAGACCUGGAAAUCACUACGUACACGUUCACAGUGAAGGCGCUGACUGCAGUGGGAGAGUGCGGCACCACAUCCCUCACUGUCACCUUGAAUUCACAGACCGAUAACUUGAUCGGAACAGUCGUCAUUUCCUUGGUCUCUGUGUUUUUGCUCCUGCUCUUCAUCACUCUGCUUUGCUGCAGACACUGGGAGGGCAUCAAAAGCAAGAUCUAUCCUCCGAUCCCUGAGCCGAUGUUGACGGACAAGUGGAUGCUGUCACAGGUUGAAAACCUUUGUCAUUCUCGUUACGUGGAUCGGUCUCUCCAAGGCGAGGUCAUGGAUGUUCCGGAGCUGCUUUGUGAAACACGACCACCUGUGACUGAUCACGUCACUGAUGAUGAGAAACCGUUUGUUUGUACUCAAACUCCAAAGGGCUACUACAACCAGCCCCUGAAAAUCCACUCCACCUCGCCGUCCGCCGUCCCAACCGAGUCCGAUUUACCGUCCUCGCUGUUCAGAGGCGUGUUCGCUAACCCGUCGUAUAACCCCGCGUUGGCUCCCGACAAUGAGUUAAACCCAGAGCUUCACAACUGGACGCGUUUACAGAACAACUGUGACGGGUACACGCAUCAGAGUCGGAGCGUCAGUGUGACCCCGACAGACGAGGACACAGACAGUCACUGCGUCGUCACGUACCUCCUGUUACCACAGUCUCCGCCCAUGUAGCUGCUGCAUCUAUCUAUCUCUAGAUGAGAACAGCCAGUGCCGUUACGUUGUCCCGUGUCAUGUUUUGAAAACAUACCUUUUAUUCUGUGUUUGCGGGCUGAUAUUGUCAGGUUAUUUAUUAUAAAAUAUGACACACUUAAACUUAAUUACACGCAAAAAUUCAAAAUUUUGACAACCUGUUUCAUGGAUAUAAAAUGGCGUCGUGCUGGUCGAGUUUUCAGUUAGUCGUCGGUACUUUCACCACGUCUGUGGUCGCUGUGGUGACGGGGAAAAAGGGGGCGUAUGCCUGCUCACAUGCAUCGUACAUAUAAUCAUAAUAAUAAUAAUAAUGCUUCCUGGAAGAUUGUGAACAUGCUUUUGUGUGUACAUUUCAGUGUGAUUGUACAUGUAUUUUUGUUUUGUAAGUGUUAAUAGUAACAUACACUGUGACUCAGCGCUAGCCCAAGGCAUAAUGGAACAGCUGCAGGGGGGCCCCACACAGGAGUGUGUGGAGAAAAAAUAAUAAAGAAAUGUAGAUAUCUUUAGAUAUAUUUAGAUAUUUAAAUCGUGGUUUGGUGUGAAUAACACAAUUGUGUCAAUAAUAAUCAAGUGCAUGCUAUUCUGAGGUCAGCUUAGGGCCUGUAGCAACCGAUAAUGUAAUAACAGCCGAUAAUGUAAUAAGAGCUAAUAGUGUAAUAAUGGCCAAUAACGUAAUAAUUUAAAUGUAAUAAAACCAAUAACGUAAUAAAUUGCCAAUAAUGUAAUAAAGUUGUUGAGCCAAUACACUUGACACUUUCUCUCCAGAAAUUGGAAAUAAAAUAAAGUGAUACAGCUCAGUUAUUACAUUAUCAAAGGAUUGUUUUUUAGUGCAAGGCCAAUAACGUAAUAAGUUAUUACGUUAUUGGCAAAAAGUUAUUACGUUAUUGGCUCAACAACUUUAUUACAUUAUUGGCAAUUUAUUACGUUAUUGGUUUUAUUACAUUUAAAUUAUUACAUUAUUGGCCGUUAUUACGUUAUCGGUUGCUACUGGGCCCCAUAAAGUCUUGGGCCGGCCCUGCUGUGACGUAUAACUUGCUACAGUUGGGUGAAAUAAUAAUGUAAUGUCUUCUUCUGCUUAUUUGAGGUUUGGUUUUUGCGUCGGUAACAGGUUGAGCUUGGUGUUUUCAUAGAUCCCUCUCCCCAGCAACGCUUUCCAGCUCCUCCUGAAGGAUUCUGAGCUGAUCCCAGGUCCAGAUGGGAGGAUACAAUCCCUCAAGCAGGUUCUGGGUCUUCUCUGGUGUCCUUCCAGCUGGACAGAAAGCUCCCUGAAUCCGGUCAGAUAAGUGAACCCACACAUCAUCCAUGUCACUGACUGAGGGCUGAGCCGCUGGAGCUCCGUGAUUGUGAAAUCCGCGCACGGUCACAGACGGGAAGCUGAGCUGCUUCUGUCUGGUCAGUGAGUCACAGGCGUGGGAUCAGAGGGUCAGACGGGAAGAAGAGAGAGUGAAGUCAGAGCCUGGGAGGAAAGUUAUUUCACAACCCCAGAUGUGUGUGGGUGUUUUUUUUUUUUUAUAGUUUAAAGGAGACAUACCCUAUUUCCCAAGUUAAAAUAGUUCCCUGGUGUCCUAAUGAACAUGUCAGUGACAUGCUUUGGUCAAAAUACCAGGAUGAAGCACCAUAGCAGUUCAAUAUCCCUGCUAAACCCGCCCCUUUCAGAACGCUCGGUUUUGUGCAUGGUCCCUUUAUAUGCAAAUCAGACACAGGCAAACACACACCCACUUCUUCCAGGGGGUUUCUGAUUUGUCCUUUUUACAGCGCUCACUCGCUCAGCUCCUGUUCCCGCCACUCCAUUCCUCUCCCCCUCCCUCCACUAGUUCUCUGACCAUAUCAACAUGGCAGCGUGCGCGGAAAACAGCGAGAGUGCGGUCACAGGAAGAGACGUCGAAUCAAGCCUUAGGGACAGCACUGCUGAUCGCCACCACUGAUCGCCACCACUGAUGGCCAGCGGUGAGCGGCGAGCUGCAUAAACUGCUGCUGUAUGUGACUGUAUCAGACUGAGUCUGUGCUCCGGUCAUGGAGGACGUACUGAACAAAUAUUUUUAAUUAGGACGUGUCAGAAUGGUCAGUUAUGAGCUCUAUUUGACCUUUUCUUAAAAAUGUGUGUGUUUGUACGUCGGUGAAAUGCGUUCGCUGACUAAAUACGGCGACCGCUGGCCGCAGUCUGAUGUGAAGUGGUGCGAACACACAAACACACACGUUUGCUGACUUUAUCUGGCACAUUAGCUUCAUAUAUAAAAUCCUCUGAGGCUGGAAGUUUGUGUAAAACACGCUCCACUGUGCAACCACCAACAGCACACUUGUCCCUCCACGCUGACAUAAUACCGCUCUUCCUCCCUCGCCUGCACUCUCGCAGGGACAAGGUGGAGCUAAGGUGGAGCUCUCCAAGUAAACUUACUGGUGGGCGGUAACAUUCGCGGUGAAAUGCGCAUGCUGCCGUCAUAAGCGCAGGGAAUUCAACAUUGCGUGUUUUAUCGCCUAUUCUUACACUAAGGGGGACCACGAAAAAAGGACUAAGUAUUCUUAUUCCUCACUUUGGCGACUGGUAGGGCCUCCAGAGUACCAAAUAUAAGUAUUAAAAUGAUUAAAAAGUUUAUUUUGCAUAAUAUGCCCCCUUUAAAUAGUUUAUAUAGCUUUGCUGUUGUGUUUGGAAGAGUUUGGUGAUGAGAACUGAUGCUCGUCCGGAAAAUGAUCCUGAUUUUAAAUAAAUGAUAUGAUAUAUAUAUAUAUGA